AUGAAGGUGGCCAUUGUUUUUGUUCUGCUCUUCGCCACAGUCCUCUGUCGGCCGGCGAAAAAGGUUUCGGUCAGCAGUUCAGAGAGCUCUGAAGAAGUGAAUGCCGCAGCAACCACCAGCUCAGACGAGAGUUCAGACGAGGAGGGCACAGCAGCUCCAGACACAACUUCGUCCUCUGAUACAGCCUCUGUCGACAGCAAAGACAGUGAAGACAGUGACGAUGAUGAUGAUGAUGAGGUGAGUGAAACUGAUGAGGAUGACGAUGAAUCUAGCAACAGCUCAGAGUCGGGCGAGUCCUCCACCGCUGCUACGGUGACAGUCACUCCCGUGAUCGUCACAGAGGAGCCCGCGGUUGAGACCACCCCAGAGCCCAUCCUGCCUACCAUUGUCACCGAUACAGACUCAGGCCGCGGCGACAGCUUGGGAGGUUACCCCAGCGACUACAAGUCCAUCGUCUACGUUGAGGACAAAUCCUACCACAAGGUUCCCGCUCCUUACAAGUCCUACGAAUUUGUCGGCGCAGGCAAGAAGAUGGCUUACGACAAGAACAAUGGCAACGAGGUGGAGAAGACAAUGAAAGUGUACAAGGCCCUUCAGGUCCACUCAGAUCUCCUGGAGGAAGACACUAGCACCCCUGAUGUAGAAAGCCAGGGUCUGGAUGCCACUCAGGACCAGGAUGUCAGCCUCCGCCAGGCCUCCCUUCCAGAAGAGAGCACCAGCGACGCUAGCACCAGCGACGCUAGCACCAGCGAAAGUGAUAGUUCCAGUGCUCCAGAGGAAGAAGAGGAGGAGAGCACCAGCGACAGCACCGCCAGUGCCAGCGCCAGCCCGGAGUCCGAGGACGAGGAGAGCGAGAGCAGCGAGGAGGCCACUGCCACGCCCGGAGCUUCUGACAGCGACUCAGAUGAGAGUGAGAGCUCUGAGAGUGACUCAGAUGAGGACAAGGCAGUACCUACUGACGCCACUACUGACAUACCAGUUGUCGUCACUGCCAAAUAA